AUGUAUGUCGCACGAUCUACUCAUACAGCAUCAAUGUUAGCAAAUGGAACAGUUUUAGUUACUGGGGGAUACGAUAGUAGUAUUGUCCUCACCAGUGCUGAAUUAUAUGAUCCAUCAACAGGAAACUGGACAACAACAGGAAAUAUGAAUUUUUCGCGGCAAUAUCAUACAGCAUCGAUAUUAGCAAAUGGAAAAGUAUUAGUUACUGGAGGAUACAAUGGCAAUGUUUUUCUCAGUGCUGAAUUAUAUGAUCCAUCAACAGGUAGCUGGAAAACAACAGGAAAUAUGAAUAGUGCACGAUGUUAUCACACAGCAACAGUUUUAUCAAAUGGAACAGUUUUGGUUACUGGAGGAUACAACGGUAAUGUUUUUCUCAACAGUGCUGAAUUCUAUGAUCCAUCAACAGGAAACUGGACAACAACAGGAAAUAUGAACACUGGACGAUCUUAUCACGCAGCAACAAUUUUAUCAAAUGGAACAGUUUUGGUUACUGGAGGAAGUAUUGGUAGUACCGCCGUCAGCAGUGCUGAGUUAUAUGAUCCAUCAACACGUAGCUGGAAAACAACAGGAAAUAUGAAUUUUGCGCGGCAAUAUCAUACAGCAACAAUGUUAGCAAAUGGAAAGGUUUUGGUUAGUGGAGGAAACAAUGGUAAUGUUUAUCUCAACAGUGCUGAAUUAUAUGAUCCAUCAACAGGUAGCUGGACAACGACAGGAAAUAUGAAUAGUGCACGAUCUCGUUAUACAGCAACAGUUUUAUCAAAUGGAAAGGUUUUGGUUAGUGGAGGAAACAAUGGUAAUGUUUAUCUCAACAGUGCUGAAUUCUAUGAUCCAUCAACAGGAAACUGGACAGCAACAGCAAAUAUGAAUAGUACACGAUCUGAUCACGGAGCAACAGUUUUACUAAGUGGAUAUGUUUUAAUUACUGGUGGAUGGGUCGGUACUGCUACUGCCAGUUGUGAAAUAUAUGGAUAA